AUGAGUUCGCGAAAGACUCAUCAGCACCAACCUCGAGAUAACAACGAUCUACCGACCACACCCGCCGAAAGCACGACUACAAAUGCCACCAACGGACGACGCGCAGCAACGACGUCUAAAGCGAGCCGCAAGGAUAGACCGAUAGCCUCAUCAUUUUUGACAAACCCGAAGAGACGCAAAUUCCCCAGUUCUCCGGACUGGGAUAGUCAAAUAACAUUAACGCAACUGGUGCCCAAGGCAGAGACAGAAGCACCGGAUGGCGGAUUGUUCGAAUACGAUGACGAUGGGACGGAAGGCAAAUUUGUGGAGGUGAUCGAUCUGGCCGACGAUGCAGAUGAAAAUGAUGCUUCAUGGAGACCGUCGACAAAUCGACGGCCGCCGGCCAAAAGACGAACCAACGGCGGUUCUCGUUCGCCCAGCAGUAUUCCCACGACUACAUUCAAGAAGCGAAAGUCUAGCGUGUUGAUUAGUGGAGGGCCGAAAAUUAGCAAGUCGAUAAGGAGAAAUAAUAAAGGAUCUGCGCAGAAGGAAACCAAAAGAAACAAAACCCUUACGCAGAUGGACUUUGUGAGGCGGUUUAUACCACUUCCUGAUUCGGAUGAGGAGGAUCUGAAUUUGUACGAGAAUCCACUAGCGGCUAAAGAGGAAGAUGAUAAGACCAAGGGGCAUACUGUUGAGAAAGAUGACUUGGAAGAUUUGACGCCAAGAAAACGACGCAAAUUGAACGAUGAAAAUAUCACUCCGUCGCCUGCAAUCAAAAGCAAAGUUUCCCCUGCCGAGAAGAAGCCGACGCUCCUAGGUGUCCCUGGCGUUCAGCCAAAGACGCCCCAGAAAGAGCGGCGAUUCGAGAUACCGUCGUCACAAACUCCUGAAACUCCUCAGGAGACAUAUGUGGCUUCUCCGAGCAUUCGUCAAGUGUCUCGUUUCUCCAUCGAACGAUUGUCGAACACAAUAGACACAAAUAUCUCCGGAAGUUCCCUUCGGGAAGCACCCGAAGAAACUCAGGAUCAACAGGAUGACACAAGACCACCGGAUCUGGAAGUUGCCGGAGAUGAUAUAGUAGCCUCUACCAUGAUAUCAAGUUCGCAAUUACUACUAUCAGGCACCAAGGAACAAACUACGAUUCAAGAAACGGAUGCCAUGAAACAAACAUCACAACCACCAGAGCCGCCACCGCUAUCGUCACCACCAAUGAGGACUGUUGUCUAUGAUACUGAUGCAGAGACAGACUAUGGCGAGCUAGAAGACGAUAAUCUGCCAGAAAUCUCCAUCGGAGCAAAGGCAUUGGAGGAAUGGCCCGAACCGAUCGACAAUUCCAGUAGAGAUCACACUUCUCAAAACUGCGAUUAUUCAGAUGACCUUCCUCCUGUCCCGAAUUCCGGAACCGAUCUGGAGAUAAUCGGCAAUUUCUUGUCCGACACGACGUUGCCAUCGGAAUCGUCGGUAUACUAUCGCCGGCCUGCUCGAUAUACGCAAUAUCCAAACGAACCUGUACCUAUGAUGAAUACCCAACAGGUAGCAAAACUCUUUCCCGUGAUCGAAGAUCAUGAUGAUUCAGCUUCGACGAUACAGACAUCAAUCCCCUCUACGAGAGAUCCCGCAGCUUCUACAUGCCAUGAACACUCCAAUGUCUUGAGCUCCGAAAUGGAGACUCCGACACAAGAUGACUCUGUCAACCGAUCAAUCCAAGUCGUUCCGGAAUCUUCACCCAUCACACGAAGCUACGACGCAGCCAGAUCUGCAUCCAACACAAUGGCACCACCACCAGCACGCGAGUCAAUAGUACUCGUAGAAUCGUCCCAGUUAGUGGACAGACUUAAUCGGCAACUCGACAGCGUGGAUGCUGGUAAAUCUUUGAGAAGACUGUUUUCUACACGGGACUUUCUCACGGAUAGUGUCAUGGAGAGCAUUCCGGCUCCUCCGGGGAUGGCGAGUCAGGAUAGUAUUGGAGAGCCCUAUCCAGAGAAUGACGGGCAUGGGUACAGUUGA